AUGGCUCUUGCCGCCGCUUUAGGCCUCAGGAUACGCUAUUCGCCAUAUUUCUCGGGCGACCUCUGUCUGAGUUUCGGUGAGGUCUCUCGUUGCUGGAAAAAGAGCGGCGCUUCGCAUGGAAGGUUUUUUGAAGUCGAAAACGGCCCCAAAUGUGGUCGUCGACCUCAUGUCGAGGGGGCAAGCGUUGCGGUUUCUCUGAGGCAGUAUGGGAGAAACGUUGUUCCAGGGUGUAGCUUGCGGAUCAAUGUCCCCAGGUGUGAGCUGGGGUCUAAUUUGGGGGACACUGCUGUUGCAGGAGAAGCUGCGAAUCCAAAAACUGGGGUUUCAUUAGGUGGUGAUGAUGCCCCGUUGGGGAAGGGCCUCAGUGCCUCGGAUACAAGCAGUCGACUCCGCCAUGCCAAUAGGGAGGAUGCUAUUGGUGGGUGCUCUGACGGUUCGGGCGGCAAUGGAGAAUUUCCUCCGGGAGGCGGUGGCGGUGGCGGUGGUAAUGGGGGUGAUAGCAAUGAUGGACACGGUCAGGAUGAUGAAGGAGACGACGAGGCCACAUCGGUGUUAAAGUUUGAGGAUGUAAUGAAUGAAGCAGAAGCUCGCGGUGUGAACCUGCCUCCAGACAUGUACGAAGCUGCCAAGACUGUUGGAAUCCAGAAAGGUCUCUUAGAAAAUUAUCUGAAUCUGCAGGUACUUCUCUGUUGGGUUCUCAAACGUCACAUAUGUUGUUUUACUUAGCAAUAACUGCGUGUUGACAGCUUAGUUUCUACUGAAAGGAAUUGGCUUGGCCUCUUGGUGCUGCAAUCAGGUGGUGCCCUUUGCUCCGGGACCGAAUGCUUGUUGAUCGUCAGUUCCUGUUCAAAAUUGGGGCAGAGGUUUGGCCAAUGUCUCACAUUUAUAUCGUUAUCGUUUUCGGAGGGCAUUUUGUGCGCACUCAUGAGCCUUUUUACUGCAACUUUCAGAUUGUUAUUGAUUCUUGCUGUGCAACAUUGGCCGAAGUUCAGAAAAGGGGCAAGGAUUUCUGGGCAGAAUUUGAGCUAUACGCUGCAGAUCUUUUGGUAGGAGUUGUUGUCAAUGUAGCCUUAGUUGGUUUGUUAGCUCCGUAUGCACGCAUUGGCCAGCCUUCUACGUCAAAGGGAUUGUUUAGUAGCGUGGCUCGUUACUGUGAUGCGCUUCCUAGUAGGUUGGUUCUCUUUUAGCUUUUCUAUUUGGAUUUGCAACCUAAGCUUGUUUUAUUAUCUUACAUGUGAUUAACUAAUGCAUCAUACUUUCUUGUGAGCUUCGUGGGCAUAUAUGGCCCUUGAUUCAGACCAAAAGGUUUUCUCAUCUUUUGAUGCAUUAAUCUGCCAUGCUUCUUUCUCAUUGAAUAAAUGGCAUUCAUCGAUUACAGCUCAAGCGUUCCGUAUCUAUCCACCUCUCUACUUUUUACUCGUUUUUUUUUGACAGGGGGUUCAUCUCUCUGUUGAGAAAUAAAAAGAAUUAAUGAAAGAUGUGUCGGAUAUUUGUUUCAACUAAGUCUCAUUAAUCUAUCGGAGGCCCUAUAAUAGUUUCUAUACUCGUCAUUUUAGAAGUCAAACAAGUUUGAGAUGAGACUUACGUGGGUGUUUCCCAUCCCAUGCAGUGUCUUUGAAGCUGAAAGACCAGGAUGCCGAUUUUCAGCCCAACAACGGAUUGGAACGUAUUUUAUCAAGGUACAUGUUUUUCUCACGGACAAGGUUGCGUUUCCCCAUUUUCUUUCACUGUAAGCUGUAUGUGAAUGUUUGGAUACUCCUUGGUAAUCAACAUAGUCGCGCAAGAACUGUUGUCUGAUGCCACCUUUAGGAUUCCUGAAUGAAACAACAUGUAUUGUUUGGUUUGGUCUGAAUUGUAUUACUUGGAAUCUGAAUGCAGCCUUUUAAGAAAUUAUUUUUUUCUGCUUGUUGUGCAUGCAGGGAGUUCUAUAUGCAUCUGUUGGAUUUGCAUGUGGCCUUGUAGGCCAGGGCAUUGCCAACAUGAUCAUGACGGCUAAACGGUAUGCACUCGUUUUACAGUAAUGGGUUCAGAAAUAUAAUCCACUGCUUGAAAAAUGAACUUCGUUUUCUUGUUGGUAGUUAAUGCUUCAGUGAAGUUCUUGAUGGGAUAUAUAUCUUUUCUGAAAUCUAGUUUUGUGGAGACCUACAGACGAAACUAGUGGCUGGACCAAAUUCUAUUUUUUCUUUUCUGAAUCCACAAACAAUUUAAGAAGGAAAAAAAAAAGCCCACAUCCUCGAAGGGGAACCAAAACAAGAUUUGUUAUAGAACUUUAAGGUUACAUCCGCAGUUUCCAAAGCCAACCCCCCCCCCCCCCCUUAAAGCACUGCUUGUUUCAGCCUGUUUUGCUCUUGAAUCGGCUUGCCUCUUUGUGAUCAGAUUGAGCUCGAUGCAUUGACUCAUUUCAAGGAGUUUCUAUAUGAUUCGUGGUCGACUCGUUGAUCGGGUUCUUUUGAACAACUCAUUUGCCACGCUGUUUACUCAUCUGUGUUGUCUUGUAAACCCAUUUCCGUGUUCUUAUCGCGUUCUGUGUACAAUACAUACGAUGGGAGUACCUAGUAAUAUGCCACGCUGUGGACUUCGGUUGCUCUAUGCACAACAGCAGAGACUGGCUGACUGUUCCCAUUCGACUGUGGAUUUCUUCUCAGUUGAUGUUGCGGUGCAUAAAAAAGUAAAAACUCUGUGCUGAUUGGCCGGACCCAUUGGUGAAGCUGCGAAACACAGGCCUUGCUCAAGAGCAUUGACUCCUGUUCUAACAGGCUCUGAUACUUCUGCAGCUGCAACCGUGAUAUCUCAGGUUUUUAGAAAAAUCUAGAAGGAUUAGCCUCCGCGGGGUAAACCGGAACCUUUAAAUCAUCACCACCCUUCUUUGUUCUCUCGGUGGAAACUAUGCUUCACAAGGCUUGCCUGCUUGCCUACUCGUGCUUCAUAUUCCGUAUUACUGCACCAUUUGUGGGCCUUCUUCGUACUGCAUGCAUGUUUUCUCCACUUCAUCUUGGCUGCUGCGUCAACGGUUUACACCUGGCAGGACUGUGAACAAGUCCGAAGACGAUGUGCCCGUGCCGCCUCUCGUCAAAAGCGCUGCUCUCUGGGGUACGUUUCCGAGCCCGUUCUCUUUUUUUUUGCCCACUUAGUUUGCUACUCUGGGAUCUUUUGAUGUCUUUGGCUUGGUUCAUCUGUUAUUCCAUCAGCAUCAUCUAUUGCCAUAUACAUACAUCUGGGUGCCAACCCAAAAAGGAAAAAUAGAGAGAGAUAGAGAGAGAGAGAGAGAGAGACAGAGACAGAGACAGAGACAGAGACAGAGACGGAGAGAGAGAUAACGGGACUGGUAUGAGAUCAUGCGUCUGGGCAAUGGGAAUCUUCAGACCCAAUAAUUUUGUUGGAAAUAUAGCUUCUUGAUCUGUGCUAUCUAGGAAAGGUGGCUUAUUUUUUGCCACCGGGGCGCCCUUUUGCAGGUGUCUUUCUGGCAGUAUCUUCGAACACGAGAUAUCAGAUUAUCAAUGGCUUGGAACGGGUGGUGGAGUCAACUGCGGUGGCCAAGCGGGCGCCUCCCGUUGCAAUGGCCUUCACCGUCGGCGUUCGUCUGGCCAACAAUAUUUACGGCGGAAUGCAGUUUGUGGACUGGGCUAGGUUGAGCGGCUGCCAGUAG